AUAAUAAUGAGUAUAAUUUAGCACAUUCAGUAUACAACGAAUUAAUCAUUAACCUAAGAAUAGAGAGAAAUAUAAGAGAGAUUGAUAGAGAAUAUAUCAGUGUAUUUCUAUUCCAUAUAAUGGGGUAUAUAUAAAUACAAUAUAUUAGGGUUUGAAUGGAUAAGAAUAUAAACCCUAGAUUUAGAUUGUUCCGAAAUGAUACAAAGGAAGAUAAUGAAUAUCCACAAAUAUUUCAUAAGAAGAUCCAAAUUGUUUGAAAAUGCAAUUGUCUAAAAAUAAUGUGACAUCGUCAAACUCCCUUCAAAAAAAAAAAAUGUGACAUCGUCAAACUCAUUAGAACAAUAAUAUCCAAAAAAAAGAACACAGAAACAUCCCCAGUACCCCACAACAAAAAUCUCCGAAAUCAUAUGAUACGAGUUGACCCACUAAGAGUACGAGCAAUCCACCUUACAACUGAGUCAAAUAUGACAAGUCCACCGAGUCAACUCCGAGUCCCACAAAUCAAACUCAGUCACGGAGAACGAAGCAUCCCCGUCAUCGGCUUAGGCACUGCCGUAGAUCCUCCAGUAUCGGCGGAUGAAAUGAAGUCAGCUGUUGUGCGGGCCAUCGAAGUGGGCUAUCGACACUUCGACACGGCCCAUAAGUAUAAAUCGGAGCAGCCCGUUGGUGAUGCGGUCCAAGAGGCUUUGAGUUUGGGCCUGGUCCAAUCCAGAGAUGAACUCUUUAUCACUUCUAAGCUUUGGUGUGGUGAUGCUCACCCAAACCUCGUUGUUCCUGGCCUCCAAAAAUCCCUCAGGAAUUUAAAAAUGGAGUGGAUUGAUUUGUAUUUGAUUCACUGGCCACUAAGCUGUCAACCUGGUAAAAAUGAUUUUCCAAUAAAGGAGGAUGAUUUUCUUCCCAUGGAUUUUCAAGGUGUUUGGGCCGCUAUGGAAGAGUGCCAAAAGCUUGGCCUUGCUAAAUGCAUUGGAGUUAGCAAUUUUUCCUGUAAGAAGCUCAAUGAUCUUCUGGCUAUAGCUAAAAUCCCACCUGCUGUUAAUCAAGUGGAGGUUAGUCCAUUUUGGCAACAGAAGAAGCUGAUAGACUUGUGCAAGGAAAAUGGUAUUCUGAUAACAGCUUAUUCUCCAUUAGGAGCCAUAGGAACCUUCUACGGCAGCAACAGGAUAUUGGAAUCUGAAGUGCUUCAGGAGAUUGCCAAAUCUAAAGGAAAGUCUAUACCUCAGGUAUGCUUGAGAUGGGCAUAUGAGCAGGAAAUUACUAUAGUUGUUAAGAGUUUCAAUAAUGAGAGAAUGAAAGAAAACCUUAAGAUUUUUGACUGGGAAUUGACUGAAGAAGACCAUGAAAAAAUCAGAAUCCCUCAGAGUAGAGGGGUCACUGGCUGGCCUUAUCUAUCAAAGAAAGGGCCUUUUAAGACACUUGAAGAGCUCUGGGAUGGAGAGCUUUGACUAUGACAAUGCUUUAAACUUGACGGCUACAAUUGUAACGUUGUUGAGGAUGUAACCCUCAGGCAUUGAGAAUGGACUCACUUGAGAUUAUAAAUCUCACAUUUGAAAUUUUGAUCGGACUAAGCCCCUCGUACUGAAUACGAAACUAUCCUAUGUAGAUCUCCUGACAUGCCUUUCUUUCUAUGUUUUUGACUUUCCGUCUGUAUCUUUUGUUGCAAAUGUCUGUUGCCAUCUGGGAGGAGUUAGGAGUUGUGUGCAAACGGUUUGGCUUAUGGCGAAUCAGCAAUAAGCCUGCAGUGUCUCCUGCCAACACUUUAAAAGUGAACAAUUGAUGGUUUCA